AUGACGCAUUUCUGCUCGAUGCCUAAGUCUGAGAUUGACUGGGAUAAUCUUUAUGGAAACCGUUACCUACGCGAGCAUAUGCAAAUGAUGACAGAAAUAGAUGAGGAUCAGCUUAAGCAGAAUAUUGCUAAAUUGAAUGAGGAGAAGCUUGCGGAUUUCAAGGAGGUGACAUAUUUCGUGGAGCGAAAAGACGGGUCUAAAUUCUUUCUGAAUGGUAGUGCAGGGACAGGAAAGACAUUCGUCUACAACGCCAUUGCUGUGAGCUGCCGUUUGAAGGGAGACAUUGUUUUGACUGUUGCAUCGUCCGGAAUAACUUCCUUGCUUUUGGAGGGAGGUCGCACUGCACAUUCAACAUUCAGAAUUCCUAUAGAUAUAACAAGUACCAGCGUUUGUUCAAUAGCUAAACAAAAGGAAGAAGCUGAAUUUAUAAAACAGGCGACUUUGAUUAUAUGGGUAGGUUCUGAACCAGUCGACAAAGUUGAUCUGCCAUCGGCUGUGAACGUAUGUAAAAACAGAUGA